AUGACUUCGCCCCACUCGAAUCCCAAAUCCGGAAAGAACAACCAGAAACUGAUCGAUGAUGCAGAUCCAUCCCUGCCCGCCGUGGGGUUGAAAGGAGGACGAAAUCACGCCUGGCUGAGGACUCGGGAGGCACUGCGGUACGUGCACCGGCAUCACUCGGACGACGCGGAUUGGUUCCUCCAAGCAGACGAUGACACCUACGUCAUCGUGGAGAACCUCCGCCACAUGCUCCUCGACCGCGACCCACUGGAGCCAGUCGUCUUCGGCUGUCGGUUCGAGAAGGUCGUCGAGCCGGGCUCCGUGAGCACCGGAUCAGGAUAUUUACUGAGUCGAGAGGCACUGAAGAGACUCGUGGAGAAGGCCCUCCCCUCCCACACGUCCUGCCCCGUUUGUUGUUCUGAAGGCGGAGAUGAUGUCGCUUUUGUGCAGUGUCUGCGCGCAGUGGGGGUGGAGAUAGAAGAAUCGCGGGACCCCUCGGGACGCUGGCGGAUGUUCCCAUUCGUGCCAGAGCAUCACCUCCUCCCCGAUGCAGAGGAGGUGUGGAGCUGGUUCAGGAGCGCGACGUCGUUCCCCUACGCGGAAGGACUGGAGUGCUGCUCGGACGCGGCCGUCUCCAUCCAUUACGUCUCGCCCGAACUCAUGUACAUUCUCGAGUACUUCAUCUACCAUUUGCGGCCCUAUGGCGUCGCUCCUGUGUCCCGCAGUGACGAGGGCGAGGUCAGAUGUUGA